UUAAGCCCAAAUAGCCAACACCCAUUUACACCGCAGCAUCAAUGAAGAUCAUUUAUGGAUUUUAAUAUUGUCCUCAGCUUAGAUUCAAGGAGGCAAAUUGCCAAAAACAAGCUGGAUACAAUCUGAGCACUUUUGAUGGUCACUUCAGCUAAACCUGGGAAAUAGUUUGACUGUCCCACCACUUUACAAAGGGAAGACAAUCAGCAUCAUCCUGCUCCAGUUACAAAGUCUCCAAGGACCUGGACUCCUUCUCCCCAGACCCCUGGAUGGGGUGUGAUGCCCCUCACCCUCCUGCUGCUGCUCUGGGCGCCCCUGGCCCUGAUGGAGACCCCGGCGGGCUCCCACUCCCUGAGGUGUUUCUCCACCACGAUGUACCACAACGGCAACAACAACAGCAACAACAAUAGCCACAACGGGGAGCCCCGCUACAUCGCCGUGGGCUACGUGGACGACACGCAGUUCGGGCGGUUCAACAUCAGCUCUCCGGGCCAGAGUGUGGAGCCGCGGAAGCCCUGGGCGGGGCAGGUGGGGCAGGAGGCCCUGGAUGAGGAGACUGGGAUCCAAAGGAACAAUGCACAGUGGUUCGAAGCACUCCUGAGGGACCUGCGCGGCCGCUACAGCCAGAGCGAGGGCGAUCCCCCAAAGACACAGGUGACCCACCACCCCACCUCUGACCAGAAGGUCACCCUGAAGUGCUGGGCCCUGGGCUUCUACCCUGCGGACAUCACCCUGACCUGGCAGCGAGAUGGGGAGAACCUGACCCAGACCACGGAUCUGGUGGCGACCAGGCCUGGGGGAAAUGGAACCUUCCAGAAGUGGGCGGCUGUGGUGGUGCCUUCUGGUGAGGAGCAGAGCUACACGUGCCAUGUGCAUCAUGAGGGACUGUUGGAGCCUACAGUCCUGACUUGGGUGCCCCCUUCUCAGCCCACCAUCCCCACCGCGGGCCUCAUUGCUGGCCUGGUUGUCCUUGGAGCUGUGCUCACUGGAGCUGCGGUGGCUGCCGCUGUGUGGUGGAGGAAUAGGCGCUCAGGGGUACAUGCAAUCAGCUACAGUCAGGCUGCAGGUAAGUGUGGAUCAGGGGCUGGAUCCUGAGCCCCUGAGGACAGCGUAGAGGGAACUCUAGGGAGAGUCACCCUCAUCAGUUCCUCUGAGGGUCUCAUCUCUGGGCUCUGACAAGGUCUCUUUUGUGCUUCCUCGGGCAGCAACAGGUCCCAGGACUCUGGGAUGUCUCUCACCCCCUGGGACACCCCAGAGGAUGGGGCCAGGCUGUGGGGAGCUGUGAGAGGGACAGUCUUAGGAUGCAGUGGGCUAUUGAGAAUGUUAUCACUUAAUGUAAUUCACCCGAAUUUCUUCAAUAUUAUUUUCCAUCAUAGAAUGAGAGCUCAGCCUGUGUGGGGCUGAAUGUUAUAGGAUUUCUCUCCCCCCAUUUUGUAACUUCAGAAUCCUCUGCUUUAUUUAAUUUUAUUUGUUUUCUAGCUGUCAGUGAUUGAUAUAAAAAUUUUUAUUAAAUCUAUUUGUUCUCUUACAUCAUUGUUAAUUUUUGUAUAAUAUUUGAUUUCUCUCUCAGGUGUAGUCCUUAUAGUUCUCGCACCACCAUAGCACCCAUGAUCCAUCACUACAGUCCCUUGUGCUCUUCCCUUCCCUGGUUGGAACCAUCUCUCUCCCUUCCCCUGCUGUAGGCCUCAGAUCUAGGAUCAGGUUGCAAGUUUUGUCAUUAUCUGACCCUUUGUUUGAUUUCCGUAUAUCCCACAUAUAAGGGAAAUCAUCUGAUAUUUAUUUUUUCCUUCUGACUUAUCAAACUUAGUAUCCCUUCCUACCCCAUCCAUAUUUCCCAAAUGGCAUGAGUUUAUGUUUUUGAUCACUGAGUAGUAUUCCACUGUGUACAUGUACCACACCUUCGUAAUCCAGUCACGACCCCCUGAUUUAGAACACAAUGAUAACCUGAAGCAGGAUGUUUCCCAAACCUCCUGCUUGGGGGAGUCUGAUGCUUAGUUUCUGUCACCUUCCCAAAUCUGCUGCUUGGGGGAGUCUACCGCUUUGGUUCUGCUGUUUGCUGGAGAAGUUGCUGGGUGUACCGCAAUGCUUGUCUGAGGUGGUUGCCAUGACACCCUUGAACCCCCUUCCCGAACAAUAAAGAAUGCUUAUGCCAUGAGAGAUGGGAUAGCAAGUUUCUCAUACAAACUGUAUAAAACCUUGCCAUUCUUGUUCCUUGGUGCUCAGCCCUUUGGGGAGCGAUCCCACUGAGCCUGCCAGUGUGACAAUUAAAUCUCUCUCCACCU